AUGAAUGAAAGCAGUGAAAAGCUCAACAGUUCUCUCAUUCUUCCUUUCAGUAAGGACUAUGAGUUCUGUUCAAAUGGUGUGUAUUUCUAUUGUGGAAAGAUGGGUUCAGGUAAGACAUUUAACCUCAUUCGUCAUAUACUCAUAACAGAGCGUUUAGGAAACGACUCUUACUAUGACCAAAUCAUUAUAUCAGCAACUUCAGACUCUAUGGAUUCAACAGCGAAAACAUUUAUGUCAAAAGUUCAAGCCUCUGUCGUUAAAGUUCCAGAUAGCGAACUCAUUGAAUUUCUUCAACGUUACAUUCGACGUAAGAGAAAAUAUUAUGCUAUUGUAGAGUUCAUACAGUCAGGAAUGCAAAAGACUUCAGAAGAGAUGGAAAGAAUUAUUGACAAACACCACUUACGUCAAUACUCAGGAGUUUACGAUAUGAAACGACUGACAAACUACAUUCUGUCAAAACUUUCAAAAUACCCCUUCAAAAAGUAUCCUUCAAACACUCUGCUCGUUUGUGACGACUUCGCCGGAAAAGGUUUAGUGUCAAAAGCAGACUCACCAUUAGCUAACAUCAUAACUAAAGUCAGACAUUACCACUUAACUGUAGCAA